AUGAGAGCCGUACGUCCUGCAAAACAUCCCGACCCAGAAGAAGAGGAAUGUCUGUUCGAAAGGUUUGUUCUCUCAAUGGCCAGAGAAGUCUGUCAAAAUGAGGAAGAAAAUACAAUUUUGAAGAGAUUGAACGUUAAUCGCACAUUUGUAGAUGGACCAUUUCCACAUCUUAUAAGUUCCACUUCAUCCGUCCCAGUAGAAAAAGAAAAUCAACAGGAAAAUCUUAUUAACUCUUUGAAAUUAGGAAUUGCUCUGGGAACCAUAUUUGGAUUUUUAUUUGGUGUCAUUGUAUCUUUUGGUGUGCUUGGGAUAUUCCGUAAUUUUCAAAGACGUAUUAAAGAAAGAGAUGCACCAAACACAGCACCCAAGGCGACAACAUUAGGAGAAAAAGACAUUAAAACAGGACAACUAAAUGAUCAUACAAAUAAUUACAUGUACUGCGAUAUCGAAGACGCUAACUAUCAUAUACCCAAAGAGAUGACUUGUACAGGAAGUAGCGAAUCAGGUGCUUCAUAUAGCUAUGACUGUCCUCCACUUAUAUAUAACCAUCUGAACGAAAAGAAUGAGGGCCAAGUUGGUGCGAAAUAUGAUCAUUUCCGGGAAGUAUCCUCAGAUGCCCGGAUGACAAAUGGUGACUACAAAAUAUUAGAGCCAUUGCAUUCUCUGGAUCAAAUGAACUCGAAUAAAACUGGGAAGUCGCCAAUUAAUAACGAAGGGGCCAUGAGUGGUCAAGAUACAAGGACAGAUGAUGCGUAUUUUGUUUUAGAAAAAGAGAUUCAGUAAUAUAUGUUAGACAACGAUUGCAAUGAAUUUCAUGUAACUUGCAUAUAAUUUGUGUAACUGACAGUCAUUGAAUGAUAGAAAAUGAAUCUCUACCAUAUAUUUUUUUUAAAACAUUCUCCGUGUU